AUGCAAGAAGACCUUCAGGACGUCCAAGACAUGAUCUCAGUUGGUGCUUCCAUCAAUGUCGCGGAUUAUGCAGGUUGGACUCCACUUCAUGAAGCAGUGAACAGAAACAACUAUGACAUAACAGAGGUUUUACUCAAAGCUGGAGCACAAGUCAACUGCAGAGGAGAUGAUGGAGUUACGCCUUUACUUGAAGCCAUACAGUAUCAGUAUUACAAAAUUGUGGAUCUUCUUUUGAACUAUGGUGCUGAUCCAUUAUUGAAGUGUGACAGAGGGAAGACUCCAAUGGACAUGAUCACUGACAGGUCUAUGUAUAUAGUGGUGGAGAAAUAUCUGCAAAAGCCUAAAAGCGAUCCUUUUACAGCUGAUAAUUCACCCAGGACUACUGAUUCUGGAGUCAAUCCAAGUGUGGGUCAGAGCAGCAACCAGAACCCUAUCAGAGACACAAGAUCACCUCUUCAAAAGUCUACAAGUACUCCUGAUAAAAGUGAGCAUGAAGGCAGCAUGCAGUGUAGUGCAGCUGAACCCAUUCCUGGUCCAAGCAGAGAACAACCUAACUUGAAACCGUCACCUGAAACCAGCACCAAUGAGAUUUUUGUGAGGGACCAAGAACAGGACUUUUGCGGCCAGGGUUCCUUACUGCUUCAGGAUAAGGAGAGUGAUGGAUCAGACACCUCAAGCUGCCCAGACAGCGAUCUUACACUGGAUUAUAUUGAAGAUCAUUCAUCAUCACCACAACACUGGACUCUAUGUGCCACUCAAGAUUUUUCUGCUACUAAUAUCGGAUAA